AUGUCUCUUUGGGUUAUUGUCUUUGCAACUGUUGCAGCUGCGACCCUUAUAUACCGGCUUUUGAAGCUCAUAACCGGGCCUUCAUUACCUCUACCACGAGGGCCCAGGCCAUGGCCCAUCGUGGGAAAUUUGCCUCACAUGGGCCCAGCGCCACACCAGGGCCUGGCUGCCUUGGCCAAGACUUACGGGCCGCUCAUGCACCUCCGGUUGGGUUCCGUGGACAUGGUGGUGGCAGCUUCCGCCGCCGUGGCGGAGCAGUUCUUCAAGGUUCACGACGCCAAUUUCUGCAGCCGGCCACAUAACUUCAGAACCGCAUACUUGUCGUAUAACAAACAAAACCUUGUUUUUACUCCGAACGGGCCACUGUGGAGAUUUCUACGGAAAUUAAGUACCGUUCACGUGUUUUCUGCUAAGGCCAUGGAUGAUUUUAGUCACCUGCGACAGGACAUGUUUACAGCUGGAUCAGACACAUCAUCAAGCACAAUAGAGUGGGCUCUUGCAGAACUUAUUAAGAACCCUAGAGUUAUGGUCCAAGUCCAAGAAGAGUUGAAUAUUGUUGUGGGACAGGAUAGGCUUGUGACUGAAUUAGACUUGCCCCACCUUCCCUACAUGGAUGCUGUGGUGAAGGAAACGCUACGUCUCCACCCACCAACCCCUCUUUCCCUCCCACGAGUUGCUGAGCAGAGACGUGACCCUAAGGAAUGGGUUGGUCCAUUCGAGUUCAAGCCAGAAAGGUUCCUCCCCGGUAGUGAGAAGGUUGAUGUUGAUGUUAGGGGCAAUAACUUUGAGGUUCUACCUUUUGGUGCUGGACGUAGAGUAUGUGUUGGUAUGAACUUAGGCAUAAGGAUGGUUCAACUGUUCAUUGCUACUCUAGUUCAUGCAUUUGAUUGGGAGUUGGAGAAUGGGUUUGACCCAAAAAAGCUUAACAUGGACGAAGCAUAUGGACUCACUCUCCAAAGAGCAGUGCCUCUCGUUGUCCACCCUCGCCCUAGGCUCUCAAAACAUGUAUAUUCAUCUUCACCAUAA